CCCCAGAGUGUACUCUCCUACUGCCUGGGUGUUUGGUACGCAAAGGCCAUAACUGAGAACAGGUGGGCUCCAGGGAUGGCUGCCCUCUGCCACCCCUGGAGGCCAUCACCAGCUCCUCCUGUCUCAGGAAAACCAGGACCAUCACAGGUGACCCCUUGCAACCUGCAUACCACCUGUUUGACCUCCUGCCCUCUGGUUGGCGCUUCAGGUAAAUCAGAAAUUUUCCUGUCAAGGCUCUAUUUGGACAAACUAAAGCAAAGAUGAGGAGACUUCAAAACCUGCUGUUCACCUUUUGCAUUGCUCUGAGGUGUGUGACCAGUGCAGUAGGGGUGAUCCAUAUGACUGGAUAUGUGGGGAGUGCGGUUAAAGUUUCCUGCUCAUAUGAUGAGGGUUACGAGUCUUAUGAGAAGUACCUGUGUAAGAACGAUUGUGGCAGUGAUGAUGUUCUUAUUACAACAUCAAAAUCAUGGAAAAUGAAAUACAUGAUCCAUGAUGACAAAAAAGACCGAAUCUUUACAACGACCAUCUCUGAUCUUCAUUCUGAGGAUGAUGGGAAAUACUGGUGUGGGGUGACCAGAACUGGAAGCGAUAUCUACACUGAAGUCAAGUUGAAAGUAGUAAAAGACCACUGCUGUGACACUGUGACCAAAAUUUUGAGUUAUCAGGGAUAUUCAGUAUCCAUUAGUUGUCCAUCUGAGCCUCAGUACCAGAACAGCCUGAAGUACAUCUGCAGAGGAAACCGGCCCUCCACAUGUCUUCAGCAGGCACUAAUCACCUCUUACAACAAGGAAAAUGGACGAUUCAGACUUGAUGAUGAUAAAAUGUUGAAAAAAUUUACUGUGAACAUCACCAGUUUGAGGCAAGACGAUUCAGGGUCAUACCUUUGUGGUGUCCAAAGAAACUUUGACCUGGAUGUUUUCUCUGCUGUUGAGCUUAAAGUUGAAGAGUUCUGCUGUGUCAAAUCAACUAAAAUAAAUGGUACUGUGGGACAUCCACUAACGUUGCAGUGCCCUUAUCCUUCACAACACCGGGACAACAGGAAGUUCCUCUGUAAGGGAGACCAGCACAACAGCUGCACAGAAAUGCUAAUGAAUCAAAGCAGAUUCACACUACAAAAUGCUUCUUCCGACACUUUCGUUGUGAUGAUCUCAAAGCUGGAAGUAGCUGAUGCUGGGACAUACUGGUGUGGGUCAGACUCACAGUGGAGAGUUGGAAACUACACCAAGAUUCAGUUGUCAGUCUUUCCACAGAGCACUCUGGGAAAAAAGAACCCAGCACUCUAUGUGAUACCCCCUGUACUGCUUUUGAUAUGUAUCCUAGUUCUUGUUUAUAAGUACAGACGUUCCAGGAUUGAAGAAGCUGUUCUCUCCCUGAGGAGAAAUGCAUCUAGGAAAAAGGAGGUGAUUGAUGCAGCACAAAGUAAAAUUUAUAAAAAUCAAGGUGUGGUGACCUCCAAUGACCAAAGCACCAGUAACGUCUAUGAAGAAGUAGAUGUAGAAGUACACUACGAAAACGUGACCGCAAGUGAAUAAAUCUACUGCAAUGAAAAUUUCCAUAAACCCGACAGAAGAUACAGUCCAUAAAUAUUUGGACAGAGACAACUAUUUUCUUUAAAUGAAACAACUCAGGUGCAGUUGAAUUUCAGACUGUCAGCUGUUCAACUGAGUGGGCUGAACAAAAAGAUUGCAUCAAAAUGUGAGGAACUGAUGCAUUUUUAACACAAUCCCUUCAUUUCAGGGACUCAAAAGUAAUUGGACAAAUUAAAUAACUGAAAAUAAAAUAUUAACUUAUAAUACAUGAUUGAAACCCUUUGCUGGCAAUUACAGCCUGAAGUCUUGAACUCAUGGACAUCAUCAGGUGCUGGGUUUCCUUCUUUUAAAUGCUCUGACAGGUCUUUACUGCAGCAGCUUUUAGUUGCUGUUUAUUUGUGGGCCAUUGUAUCCGAAGUUUAGUCUUCAACAAAUAAAAUGCAUGCCCAGUUGGGUUAAGAUCAGGUGACUGACUUCGCCAUUCAAGAAUAAUCUUUGGUUUAAUAAACUCCUGGGUUGCUUUGGCUGUAUGUUUUGGGUCAUUGUUCAUUUGUAUUAUGAAAUGCCACCCAUUCAAUUUGACUGCACUUAGCCUGAUUUGAGCAGACAGUAUGUCUGAACACCGCAGAAUUAAUUUGGCUCCUUCUGUCCUGUGUCACAUCAUUAAUAAACACUAGUGUCCCAGUGCCACUGGCAGUCAUGCACACCCAAGCACACUGCCUCUGCCGUGUUUUACAGAUGAUGUGGUAUGCUUUGGAUCAUAAGCCAUUCCACACCAGCAUAGACUUGGAUAUCGAUACACCUACAUCCUGGAGAGUGUUAUCACUUGGUUGGCUGUUGUGAAGGGGUUUCUCUUCACCAUGAAAUGAUUCUGCGAUCAUCUACUGCUGUUGUCUUCCAUGGACAUCCAGGUCUUUUUGCAUUGCUGAGCUUAUCACUGCUUUCUUUCUCAGGAUGUACCAAACUGUAGAUUUCAUCACUUGAAGCAAUUUCUCAGAUGGGUUUUUCUGUUUUCUCAGCUUAAGGAUGGCUUUUUUCACCUGCAUGGAGAGCUCCUUUGGCCAUAUGUUGUCUGUUCACAGCAAAAUAUUCCAAAUGCAAGCACCACACCUUAAAUCAACUCCAGGCCCUUUAUCUGCUUAAUUAAUAAUGGCAUAAUAAAGGAAGUGCCCACACCUGCCCAUGAAACAGCCUUUGAGUUGUCCAGUUACUUCUGGUCCCUUUAAAAAGCAGUUGGCACAUGUUAAGAAGCUGAAACUCCAAAACCCUUUAUUCAAUUUGACUGUGAAUACCCCGAAAAUGAAAAGCUGAGAGUCUACACAUUACGUCAAUGUCCAUUGUAUAACUAUAAUUAGAAUAUGUUCUGGUAAAGGGGUAAAAAAACAAAACUUAUGUCAGUGUCCAAUUAUGAAUGGAACUAACUGUAAGGUAUCUGUGGUUCAUAGCUUUGCUUUUUAUUGCUUAGUGUUCAUAAAAAUAUGUGCUCUGUGUUUUUUAAAAAUGUCAAAACCCAAUAAUGCAAAAUCUCAAUAUGAUUUUUAAGUGAACAAAUACACAAAGUGAAAUACAAUCAAAUUUGUUUACAUACAGUAAUUAAACAUUACAUUUAUUCUAUUUUAUAUAUUAGUUUUUGGUUUGGUUUAUUGUUUUGAACUAUUUAAAGAAGUCCCCACUUUGCUGCAGUGUCAGUUUUAGACAUUUGGAGUCAAAAAUACAGCAGUGAAAAGUAAAAUGGUCAUGAUACACAUAAACAUGCACAAAACUGUCAACUUGAACAUUUGACAAGACUUUGAUAUCAUAUAAAUUUUCUUCCUUUACGUGCAAUAUUACUGGUUAGUGUGUCAUAGUGAGCCCCCUGCUGGUGAUGUAUUAGUUUAACACUGAUUAUUAGAGUAGGAAUAGAAGAUUACCUACAGUAUGCAUAUAUCCUAAUGACCUGUCAGUCACAGGUUGUAAACAAAUGAGUGCUUGUUUGCUUAAUUAGUACCUUUGGCUCUCUGCUUUCUAAACACCAAAACCCCGUGUUAUUGGGCUGUUUACUCAUUUGUACCACUGUCUUUUUCAUGUUAACAUCAGUCCUAAAUAAGAAAAUCAUGGUAAUGACACAAUGCACCUGUACAGUAUGUAGUUCUAUUUGAGCAAUGAUGCUGAACUGUUUAGUAAUUAAUACAAAGCUCUCCAGGCUUUUAACCGUCUUAUUUUGUUGUUCUGCGGUUUUGAUUAUCUUUGUACAGUGGGAGACUAACACUGAAUAAAACAAAUUUAUGAUCUGAAAAAGGCAUGACUGAUACAGCACAGUUCUUUGGGGUGACACCAGUACAGCAGACAAGAUCCAAAAUAUGUCCUUUGGAGUGUGUGGGGACGUUCAUCUAUUGCUGUAAGCAGAAAUAUUCGAGACAGGAUAUAAAAUCUCUUGUGGAUGAAUUUGAUGUGCUGUCCAUGGGGAUAUUCAAACUCCCAGCAGUAGCAUAUUUGGAGAUAAGAGCAGAAUUUCAGCAAGAAAGUCAGAAAAGUCCAUUGAAAAAUCAGAGUUUGGUUUAGGUGGAAAGUAAACAGCAACUAAAAUCGUGGGAAAUGGUCCGUUAAUUUGUAUCAUCAUGGAUUCAAACAAGGAAUAGGCAGGAGCAGAAAGAGAAGAUACCUUAUACUUGCUGUUGUAUAAGAUCGCAAGGUCACCCCCACGUCCAGACACACGGGGUUGGCAGGUGUAAACAAAUCCAAGCAGAGUGGUCAGACUGAGUUCGAGGAAAUCAUUUGGAUGAUGACAGGUCUCUGUUAGACAUGGAAAGUCAAGUUUAUGAUAAUUAAGAUCAUAGACAAAAGGUCCCUUGCUGGAGAGAAAUCAGACAUGCCGCUAGCAUUGCAAGCUGACCUGGCAAGGCUAGCAAGCACACUACAGUCAGCAGUCUGUCCACCAGGCUUCCUAGUGGAGCAACGGUGAGAUGACCACAGGGAUGGUAUCAGGCUAAUGCUGUCGAUCCUAUAAUUCUGUCUGGAUCUGCUGUGGACAUUACUUUGGACUCGGGCACCAGGCAAUGUCCGGGUGAA